CGCCGACAGUGUGGUGUCGCGCCCAGGUCUCCCUCACGCGGCGGCGGCGGCAGCGGCGACAUGGCGGAGGCGGCAGCCGGAGUGGGCCGCUUCAAGUCCAACUAUGCUGUCGAGCGCAAGAUCGAGCCUUUCUACAAGGGCGGGAAGGUGCAGCUGGAUCAGACUGGGCAGCACCUCUUCUGUGUCUGUGGCACCAGAGUAAACAUCCUGGAUGUGGCCUCGGGGACUAUGCUGCAGAGCCUGGAGCAGGAGGACCAGGAGGACAUCACUGCCUUUGAUCUCAGCCCCGAUGACAAGGUGCUGGUGACAGCCAGCCGGGCACUGCUGCUGGCUCAGUGGGCCUGGCAAGAGGGCAGCAUCACCCGCCUGUGGAAGGCAAUACACACAGCCCCUGUGGCCACCAUGGCCUUUGACCCCACCUCCACGCUGUUAGCCACAGGCGGCUGUGAUGGGGCUGUGCGUGUCUGGGAUGUCGUGCAGCACUAUGGGACACACCACUUUCGGGGCUCACCGGGUGUCAUACAUUUGGUGGCCUUCCACCCGGACCCCGCACGCCUGCUCCUAUUCUCCUCAGCCGCAGACACCAGCAUCCGCGUGUGGUCGCUGCAGGACCGGUCGUGCCUGGCCAUGCUGACUGCCCACUACAGCGCUGUCACUUCUCUGACUUUCAGUGCCGAUGGUCACACCAUGCUCAGCUCAGGCCGUGACAAGAUCUGCAUUGUUUGGGACCUGCAGAGCCUCCAGGCCACAAGGACCGUGCCGGUGUUUGAGAGUGUGGAGGCUGCAGUUCUGUUGCCAGAGGAGCCGGCGCCGGAGCUGGGUGUGAAGUCUGCGGGCCUGCACUUCCUGACAGCUGGCGACCAAGGCACACUGCGCGUGUGGGAGGCGGCCUCUGGGCAGUGUGUCCAUGCACAACGGCAGCUGCCAGGUCCCGGGCGGGAGCUGACCCACUGCACCCUGGCCCGAGCCGCUGGCCUGCUCCUCAGCGUCACUGCUGACCACAACCUGCUUCUCUAUGAGGCCCGCUCCCUGCAGCUGCAGAAACAGUUUGCCGGCUACAGUGAGGAGGUGUUGGACGUCCGGUUCCUCGGGCCCAAGGACUCCCACGUUGUGGUGGCCUCUAACAGCCCCUGCCUGAAAGUGUUUGAGCUGCAGACGUCCGCCUGCCAGAUUCUCCACGGCCACACAGAUAUUGUCCUGGCCCUAGAUGUGUUCCGGAAGGGGUGGCUCUUCGUUAGCUGUGCCAAGGAUCAGAGCAUCUGCGUCUGGAGGAUGAACAAGGCAGGCGAGGUGGCCUGUGUGGCUCAGGGCUCUGGACACACACACAGCGUGGGCACCAUUUGUUGCUCAAGGCUGAAGGAGACCUUCCUGGUGACGGGCAGCCAGGACUGCACUGUGAAGCUGUGGCCCCUCCCUGAAGCCCUGCCAUCCAAGAGCACAGGCCCCGAUGGUGGACCUGUCCUCCUACAGGCCCGGGCCACGCAGCACUGCCACGACAAGGACAUCAACAGUGUGGCCAUCGCCCCCAACGACAAGCUGCUGGCCACGGGGUCACAGGACCGCACGGCCAAACUCUGGGCCCUGCCACAGUGCCAGUUGCUGGGCGUCUUCUCGGGCCACCGGCGUGGCCUCUGGUGUGUCCAAUUCUCGCCCAUGGACCAGGUGUUGGCUACGGCCUCGGCCGAUGGCACUGUCAAGCUCUGGGCACUGCAGGAUUUCAGCUGCCUCAAGACGUUCGAGGGACAUGAUGCUUCUGUCCUGAAGGUGGCAUUUGUGAGCCGCGGCACACAGCUGCUGUCCAGCGGCUCUGAUGGGCUUGUGAAGCUUUGGACCAUCAAGAACAAUGAGUGUGUGAGGACGCUGGACGCCCACGAGGACAAGGUCUGGGGUCUGCACUGCAGCCGGCUGGAUGACCAUGCCCUCACCGGCGCCAGCGACUCUUGUGUCAUUCUCUGGAAGGAUGUGACCGAGGCGGAGCAGGCAGAGGAGCAGGCCAAGAGAGAGGAGCAGAUGGUCAAGCAACAAGAACUGGACAACCUGCUCCACGAGAAGCGGUACCUGCGGGCGCUGGGCCUGGCCAUCUCUCUAGACCGGCCCCACACUGUGCUGACUGUCAUCCAGGCUAUCCAAAGGGACCCCGAGGCUUGCGAGAAGCUGGAAGCCACGGUGCUCCAACUGCGGCGAGACCAGAAAGAGGCCUUGCUGCGCUUUUGUGUCACGUGGAACACCAACUCACGGCACUGCCACGAAGCCCAGGCCAUGCUGGCCGUGCUCCUGCAGCAUGAAGCCCCGGAAGAGCUGCUGGCCUACGACGGUGUGCGGGCCUCACUUGAGGCCCUGCUGCCCUACACUGAGCGGCACUUUCAACGGCUCAGCCGGAUGCUGCAGGCAGCCACCUUCCUGGACUUCCUAUGGCACAACAUGAAGCUGCCCACCCUCCCCGCGGCCCCCGCGGCCCUCUGAAACACACCAAAACAUGUACUUUGCUAUCUCAGC